AUGAAUUUUAAUGUCUGGAAUAUCAAAGAGAUGCUCAGUAUUCCUUCAGGCUCUGGGACCACUAAGUCAUCUAACUGGAAUAAUAAUCAGACUGAUUAUUCCAGUCUCAGUGAUUCCCAGUUCCUCUUUGGAUCUCAGUUCUGUCCAGAAAAUUCAGAGACGCUGUCAGCACCCUUGGACUUUGGUGCCCACUUGAGGCAUUCAAAACAGUCACAACAGACUUCUCUGGAUAGUGAACCUAGUAUUUUCACAAAGUACCAGACAAAACCCCAGCUGUAUAGAGGAGAUACAAAGAAUGGAGGCUUAUUUCCUCUUCCUUUGCCAGUUGGAAAAUCAAAAGACCUCUUGGAACAGUUUGAGGAGGAAAAGAAAAGGACAAAAGACAAAUGUGACAGUGAGACUCUUUACAACUUUGUUCCCCAUAUCAGAGAAAGCAUUCAAAGGUUGCAGACAUCUGUGGAAAAGUCUGAGGAACAUCUCAGUUCAAUAAGCCAAUCUAUUUUGGAUUCUUUGGAGACUGUGGCCAAGACAUUGCAAGAGACUGUGCAGGCCCAGAAUGGCCUGGUGUUUGAGGCAGUGCAGGACAAACGCAACACGGAGCAGGCCAUUCUUGAGAUGCAGAAGAGAUUUGAAGCUAGACAAGCAGAGUUUAUAGAAAUGAAGUCCAACAUGAAGCAUCUUGAAGUUUUAGUUGCCCAGCAGAGUAAGGAUUUCCAGCAGCUGUGUGAGCAGCUGGGCCAGCUGAACUUGCCCAGUGUCCUAGCAGAGCUGAAGAGAUUGAUCUUGGUGCCUCGGGUACCUGGGCAUGUCAAAGACAGCACUUCUCAAACCUCACCACCCCUGGCCCAGAGCCUCAACUUCACCAGGCAGGAAAAAUGCGCCUCUGAGGAACCAGUUAUAUGGCAGACCCAGGCCCUUGCUGAUGCAUGGAAUCCCAGUACAGGCUCUCUGCAGCCUGGAGAGUUUGACAUCUGGGGUGAGGGAGCAAAGAGUGAUGCUCUCCAAGAAGAGGCUGCCCUGUCGGCGGUCAGGUCCCAUAAAGGAAGUGGGUGUGUAAAGGACAAGGCAGUGCAGGCUAACUGCAAGAAUUUGGCUGUUACUAAAACAGGUCCCAAGAACCAUGGCUCCAACAUCCCAUACCACAAAGUUCCUGGUGACAGGGACCUGGUUUCCCAGGGAACCCCACAGCUCAUAUGCCUGGACUUAAACAACUUUGCAACCAGCACUAAGAAUGCCUGCCAAAAAUAUCAAGCCAAAAGCAUGUAUUCACACGACCCAUGUGAACAGUUGGUAACUGAACAGAAAGGCAGGACUAUAGAAAGAGGAGGGACAGGCAAAAAGCAGCAGCUGCCCAGGAAAGCCCACAGAGGGAGGCACCUAGCCAGGAAGCGAGAACAAACCCCAAGUAAGACAUGUGCUUUCAAGUCUAAAUACCAGAGUCCUCAGCACCCCCUGGGGCAGCAGGAACCACUUGCUCAGCCCCUACAUGUGCAGGGCUCUAGAAGUCCCAAAAAGUUAGUCUGCCCAGUUCUGGGAGGAACAGUCACAAACAGUAAGACAGCAAAGGUGAUGCAAGGGAGCCUCUUGCAGCUCAGCGGAUGCUCUUCUCAAGACAACAGGCUGCUUUCCAGCAGUUCCCAAGGGGACUACCGGAUGAGCUGGUUCAGUGACCUCAACCUUGGAAGUUCAGAGCCCCCCCCCUGCAAGGAGCCAGGGAAGAAUUUGCUCUAUGACCUGGGUUUUGAUAGCAGCGAUGAUGGCCUCUGA